AUGACGGGCGGAAAUGGUAAAAAAUUGGAAAAAUUACAUCUAAGUGCGAAAAUAGAAGCCUAUUUACAAAUGCUUACUUGUACACAUGUGAUCGACUCUCAUACACAUAGGCACACACGUGCGGGUCAGGUAUUUCUGAUAUUCGGAAAAGAGAUGAAGAGGUGCGUAUUGCUGCAGACAAUAACAUCGCUACAAGCAGUGCACCAGAUUUUCUCGCACGCCUUCCCCGACGACAUCAGUCUUCAGGAUUUUUCUGGGAGCGAAUCCCGACUGAGCGUGUAUAUUCUGGACAAUGUGGCAACCGUAUUCUACGAGCUGGAGAAUUAUAAAGACGUAAAAAAUUUGAGCGUGUUGAAAAUAUUUGAAAGAAAACCAAAAAACUAUGAAGACAUAACGCACUACCAGCAACUCCAACAACUCCAACUCCAGCAACAACCACUGAACAGCCUCCACGCGUCAGCACAUCAGUCCAAGAAGACGCAUUUCAUCGUCAAAACAAAUUCUCUCCAAGCAUUACCGGAUCUCGCUGAAACGGAAGAAAAUUUAUCGAAACUGAAAGCCCCGAAAGAAGUUUGUUGUUUUGGUGGUAGCAGCAGUAAGGAGAAGAUCCACAAGAGCCUCAUCGUCUCAACCACAAAGAGGAAUCAGAAGCAGCAGAUACAACAACCGAAAGAGACAACUGUGAAGUCUGACAAAAUUUUAACGCAAGACUAUAAUGUAAGCGUCAAGAAAUUAGAUAAGGAGAGCAUUUACUAUCUUCCGAGCAACAGUAACAACAAAAGCACUGCAAACAAAUCAAAUGAAUCACCAAAAACGAAAUCUGCGUCCCAAAUGUCAAAUUCAUGCUAUCACAGUAGUUUGGAUAGGCAAAACUAUUCAGAGCCAAUCUAUUGUCAUUAUCAUCAUCACCAUCAUCACGGCCAGCAAGACAACGCCAAUAACACUCCUAAGAUUGACAAUGGGAACAACGGCCUUCGUAAGAAACAAAAAACUUCCGGUCGUCAUUCGUAUUCUGCAAAUUCAUCGCCCUCAAUUGAGCACAGCUGCGUCAACUAUUCGAUCUACGGCUUGGAAGGUUGUGGAAAAAAUAAUAAGAGCCCCGCCAGCCCGUGCUGUCGGCAUCACUGCCAGCAUCAACACCACAACAACCAAUUUUUCCAGUGCAGUCAUUCCUCCAUGCAUCAGUGCAAACAUUUUCAACAUGCAAGUUCUCUAUCGCCACAGAGAUCGAGUUGUAGAACGCAGCAUCAGCAGCAGCAGCAACAACAACAACAACAUAAUAUUAACAUCAACCAUGAUAGCCACCACAGCCAACAUCAUCACAAUUCAUGCCAUUCUCUUCCAGAAACUGAAUCGAAACAGACAAAAAGUCAGACAGGUAGCUUCGUUGAUCUCAUUCCAGUUGAUUUGCUGAACACAAACUUCAAAACCAAACCAAAUGUUUCGAAGGCGACUGAAGAUGAUAAUCUAAAUACUCAAUUGAGGAUUCACCAGCUAGAGGACCAGCUGGCAUCACUGACUCAAUGGAUUCACGGCUCUCUAAAUGCUGAAGAUAAAAAAUUUUCCAACGAAUUACCUCCGUUAUCAGUUGAGAUGAAAAAUUUUAACGUUGAAAUUAAUGAUGGCAGCAGAAAAUUGAAUCGUGGAGAUGUUGGAAAGUCUCUGCCGGACAUUGAAACUAAUUUGAAGAAUAUGCUGGAAAAUGUUAACGAACUUAAGAGCCAGUGUUUGUUGUUGAAGAAUGCCCAGGAGAUACAGCAGUUGGAAGUUCAAAACGCUCUCACGGAGUUCGCUUGCCAAAUUAUGAAUUUCAUCAGCAGAGGAAUGAUUUCGGAGAACGCGUUCAUAUGCAACGCAAUCGCCUUUGACCCAAUCCCAUCUUCGGCCGUCAUCAAGCAAGCGAUGAUGAAGAAGAAGAAGGACCAAACAUACAACAACCAAAAUGUACUUGAUGACAUCGUCAGCGACACCAACGUUCCAAAGAAUGUGGCGAUGUCUAAAAUGAAAGAGAAUCUGUUUGUAGUGGAUGGACAACAAUCGUUAGAUUUAAUAACUCGCUCACCUGAUUUGGUCAGCAGUUCGAAGCAGCAGUCGAGUUGUAAAAAUUUAGAAAAUGAGAUAAAAACUAUUCGUCUGAAAGAAGCUAGAUAUGUGGCCGGCAGUAUAGAAGAAAAUACAUUGGCGACGAAUCUAGACGGGAUGGAUGAUGUUUGGGUCCAGAUGAAAAACGUUUAA